CGCCUAAGGAAGGUACGAGACUUUGCAGUCGGCGGCCGCCUUAGGGCAGACAAGGGAGGAAUCCUCCCGAACCAAGCACAAGGGGUCUACGUCCCCUGAUCUCUUGCCUGCUGUCUGUGACUCUAGUGUCAUCAUGCCUCGGAGACAGAAGAGUAAGCUCCAGGCUUCUGAGAAACGAGGCCGGGCUCGAGCUGAGGCUCAGGGUGAGGGUGCUCAGGCCACAGUAGCCGUGGAAGAGGAGUCCACUUCCUUCUCUCCUCCUCAGAGUGAAGAUACUACCCAGAGUCUGCCUCCUGCUGUGUCAAGUAGCACUUUUCAGGGGCGUCAAAGAGCACAAGCCAUCACCAUUACUUCUACAGCCAAUAUGUGCACUAGAUCUGAUGAAGAUUCCAACAGCCAAGAUGAGGAUAGAGCAAGCCCCUUUGAGGUCCCAUACUACACUGAGAGUGCAGGUGAAGAUUCUUUAAUCAGGAAGCCUGGCUUGCUGGAGCAGUUCCUUCUGUACAAGUAUAAAAUGAAACAACCCAUUUUGAAGGAAGACAUGCUGAAGAUUAUUGGCCAAAAUUACGAAGACCAAUUCCCUGAGAUCCUCAAGAGAGCCUCUGAGCGCAUUGAGAUUGUCUUUGCAGUUGAUCUGAAGGAAAUCGACUCAACCAAACAAUCCUACGACCUCAUCAGCAAGCUCAAGCUCCCCAACAAUGGGAGGGUGCGAGCUGGCAGGGGGCUACCCAAGACCGGUCUCCUGAUGAAUAUCCUGGGAAUGAUCUUCAUGAAGGGCAACUGCGCUGCUGAGGAAGACAUCUGGAAAUUCCUGGGUAUGAUGCGAGUAUAUGCUGGGAGGAAGCACUUCAUCUAUGGAGAGCCCAGAAAGCUCAUCACCAAAGAUCUGGUGCGGCUGGAGUAUCUAGAAUACCGCCAGGUGGCCAACAGUGAUCCUCCACGCUACGAGUUCCUGUGGGGUCCGAAAGCCCAAGCUGAAACCAGCAAGAUGAAAGUCCUGGAAUUUCUGGCAAAAGUUAAUGAUACCAUCCCCAGCGCUUUCCCAUCCUAUUAUGAAGAAGCUCUGAAAGAUGAGGAAAAGAAAGUCCAAACCAGAGCCAUGGUCACGGCUGGCACUAUUGCCAAAGUCCUUGUACCUUCCAGGCCCAUGCCCCAGAAUAUCUUCCCACCCUUAGUGAAAUCUGAGGUCUGUUAUCCUCAAGAUAAGAAAACAUAAAUUCACAAUAGGGAUUAUAUUAUUAGCAAUGUGAAAGAAUCCCAUAGUAUAGUAGUAAGCAUAAUGGAAUAGAAAAAAAAAUUAAACAUGGUUAUUCGAGUUUUUACUUGUUCCCUUUAGUCUUUAGUGUUACAAAA